ACAAGUCGAAGUAACUCUGUUUCCUCUUGUUCUCUGUCAUGGCUGGUUCAGUCUUGAGUGACACGGAAGCACAACGCUCUGGCUAUCCAAACGGAAAGCGCGGUGGCUGGAUCACUUUUCCGUUCAUGAUUGUUACAUUGUUAGGUCUAUCCAUAACUUCUUUCGGAUGGGUAAUGAACUUAAUCGUCUUCUUGAUCGAGGAAUUCAACAUCAAGAACAUCGCUGCUGCUCAGAUUUCGAAUGUUGCCAAUGGAUGUCUCAGCAUCUUGCCUCUUGUUGCAGCCAUUUUAGCUGAUUCUUUCUUUGGAAACAUACCAGUCAUCUCUGCCUCUGCUUUCAUUUCUCUGAUUGGUAUCCUUCUCUUGACUCUGAUCUCAUCUUUGGACUACUUGAGACCUAGACAGUGUGAAACGGGGUCAAUCCUAUGCCAGUCUCCAUCGAAACUUCAGCUCGGGAUCUUGUAUGCAGCCUUGGCUCUAGUGACCACUGGAGCAGGUGGCACGAGGUUCACUUUGGCAUCCGCGGGUGCAAACCAAUACGAGAAACCUAAAGAUCAAGGAAGCUUUUUCAACUUGUACUUCCUAAGUCUAUAUGCAGGAGCGAUUACUGGCGCGACAGCUAUUGUAUACACACAGGACAAUGCUAGCUGGAAGCUAGGGUUUGGCCUCUGUGCCGUUGCUAAUUUGGUAAGUUUCAUUGUUUUCGUCUACGGGAAGAAACUCUACAGGCAUGACAAACCCAUGGGAAGUCCCUUUACUAGCCUGAUCCGCGUUGCAGUCGCUGCUACAGUGAAAAGAAAGGCUGUGGUUUCUUCAAAACAAGAAGACUAUCACAGUGGACUUGAAAUAGAGACCGAGAUUUCUGAUGCAAUGCCCUCCAAGAGCUUCAGGUUCUUGAAUCGUGCAGCGUUGAAAACCAAAGACGACUCGGUUAAUAGCACAUGGAGGCUAUGCUCUGUUCAAGAAGUUGAAGAUUUCAAAGCCAUUCUCCGAGUUCUUCCUCUGUGGCUAUCCAUAAUCUUUGUUAGUACUCCCAUGGUGAUGCAAACAAGCUUGAUGGUACUCCAAGCUCUACUUACGGAUCGUGGGCUUGGCCUUCACUUCAAAGUCCCCGCCGGGUCACUCCAAGUCAUAAUACUCAUCUCAGCAUCCAUCUUUAUCAUAAUGAACAACUGGUUUGUCUAUCCCUUGUGCCACAAGCUAACCCAUAAGCCUCUGACACCGCUUCAAAAAGUCGGUAUAGGUCAUGUUUUCACCAUCCUAAGCAUGUCAAUAUCCGCAGCUGUGGAAGCAAAGAGGCUGAAAACAGUUGAAAAUGAGCAUCCCAUGUCAGUGUUAUGGCUGUUUCCUCCUCUUGUGAUAAUGGGAAUAGGCGAGGCCUUCCAAUUUCCAGGGAAUAUUCAGUUUUUCUAUGGAGAGUUUCCUGAGUCUCUGAAGAAUACAGCGACUUCAUUGACCUCACUGGUAAUUGGAAUCUCUUUCUAUAUGAGCACAGCUCUUAUCGAUCUGAUGCAGAAGACCACCAAGUGGUUACCUGAUGACAUUAACCAUGGAAGAGUUGACAAUGUUUACUGGCUUUUAGUCAUUGUAGGAAUCUUGAACUUUGUCUAUUUCCUUGUCUGCUCUUGGUUUUACAAAUACAGAAAUAUCCAAGGUGAUAAUGAACAAGUUCCUAAAGAUGUUUCAACCUGAGAUAUAUACAAAACAUCUUUGCUUCAGUUUUCUUUAGUUUUGUUGCAUGCUCCUGUUAACUUCUGUGUUGUAAAGCAAAUGUUCAAAAAAAAAACUUCUGUGUUUGUGUUUCUCUUUAAUUAAACUGAUGUUUUAUAUUUUUACUAGGA